UCCUCUCUCUGUGCGUCCGCUUCGGAGCCGGAUGUUGGCGGAGCUUUGACAGGCAGCGGCGGCGGAGGCGGCAGUGGCUCUGCAGGACGAGACCAACUGAUAUCAUGGCCAUGGAUCCUCUCUCUGACCUGCAGGAUGACUUAACCUUUGAUAACACCGAUGAGGCCCUGAACCAACUGAAGCUGGCUUCCAUUGAUGAUAAAAACUGGCCCUCUGAUGAGAUGCCAGACUUUUCCAAAUCAGAUGACUCCAAGAGCAGUUCUCCAGAUCCUAGCACACAUCUGAAAUGGGAUGACCCUUACUAUGACAUUGCCCGACACCAGAUCGUGGAGGUGGCAGGAGACGACAAAUUUGGGCGGAAGAUCAUAGUAUUCAGUGCCUGUCGGAUGCCUCCAAGCCACCAGCUGGACCACAUCAAACUCCUGGAGUACCUAAAGUAUACCUUGGAUCAGUAUGUGGAGAGCGACUACACCUUGCUGUAUCUGCACCAUGGCCUGACCAGUGAGAACAAGCCCUCCCUCAGCUGGCUCCGAGAUGCUUACCGGGAGUUUGACCGCAAGUACAAGAAGAACAUAAAAGCCCUGUACGUGGUGCACCCCACCAUGUUCAUCAAAACGCUGCUCAUCCUCUUUAAGCCCCUCAUUAGCUUCAAGUUUGGGAGGAAGAUUUUCUACGUGAACUACCUGAGCGAGCUGUGCGAGCACGUGAAGCUGGAGCAUCUGGGCAUCCCUCGACAAGUGCUCAAAUAUGACGACUUUCUCAGAUCUACCCAGAAAACCCCCGCCACGGCGCCAAAGCCGACGCCCCCUCGGCCCCCGCUUCCUAACCAGCAGUUUGGGGUCUCCCUGCAGCACCUGCAGGAGAAGAUCAAUGAGCCUGAAAACCUGCCUCUUGUCCUCAGAGAGACUGUUGCCUACCUGCAAGCCCACGCUCUUACCACCGAGGGGAUUUUCCGCAGAUCAGCCAACACGCAGGUUGUUCGGGAGGUGCAGCAGAAGUACAACAUGGGGCUGCCGGUGAACUUUGAGCAGUACAACGACGUGCACCUCCCCGCCGUCAUCCUGAAGACCUUCCUCCGGGAGCUGCCCGAGCCGCUGCUCACCUUCGACCUCUACCCGCACGUCAUCAGCUUCCUCAAUAUCGAGGAGGGCCAGCGAGUGGCAGUGACUCUGCAGGUCCUGCAGACGCUCCCUGAGGAAAACUACCAGGUGCUGCGCUUCCUGACCGCCUUCCUGACCCAGAUCUCCUCCCGGAGUGACCAAAACAAGAUGAACAACACUAACCUGGCCGUGGUCUUCGGGCCUAACUUGCUGUGGGCCAAGGAUGCCGCCAUCACUCUCAAAGCCAUCAAUCCCAUCAACACCUUCACCAAGUUCCUGCUGGAUCACCAAGCAGAGCUGUUCCCCAGCCCAGGGGGGCCCUGAGCCCCCUCCUCUCCAUCCUCCUCCUUCUCCCCCCUUCCGGCAGCCACUGUCCACUCCUUUGGCCUUGUCCCAAUGGAACAAGCCCAGGGAUCCCGAGAUGGGUCAGUGCUCAGGAGGGACGCCCUCCUCCACGCUGGGUCCGGAGGGCCCCUUCUGCGCCUCCGUAGCCCAGGCCCGGCCCCCCGCCUGGGGCUCCAGGAGCCUCCAUCUCUUAAACAUUCCUUCUCUCAACAGCCUUAUCCUCCUGCCCUGCCCUUUAGUGCCAGGCUGCUCUAGGGCUCCCCGAGGCCGAGAUUGGGCUUUCAAGAUGGGAAAAGGGGCCUCCCCGACGCCCCAUUUUCCAUACUGCUCUCCCUGCUGGCCUCCCUCCCCCGUUCCCCAGUGCCCAUUGGUGACUGCCUUUCCCCUGGGCUGGGGCACCGGGGCCGCGUGUCUCCUUCAUGCUAUGUGCUUAGUGUGAGCAGAAGCGUUCCCAUUCUCAGAAAACGUUCCAGGCCGCGGCCAUGGCCGCGGCCGCACUUUCUCCCUCUGGGUGACUCGGCCCUGGCCGUCGCUGGUUGAGAGAGCAGCCACCGUGACGCUGGCCGUGACACUGGCCAUGCCGCGGAGCCCCAGCCGACCACUCCUUCCCACCUGAGACUGCUGGGAUUGGCUGGUGGAAACCCUUCCCCGACUCCUGUCUGUCCACGACAAGUUAGUCCACAUUCCUUGGGUGCCUCCAUCCACUCCCUCCCAGCCUUAGACCGGGUUCCCGAGACCUCGGGCCUUCUUCGGACUGCCGUGUCGAAGCCAGGGCACGGCGCCGGGCCUUAGAACUCUUCUUGCUUUUGCCAAGCUAGCCCUUCGCAGGCAGGGCCCCGGGACCCGAGCCGCGCUUGCUUGUUCCGUGCUAGGAGCCUCUGCUAGCGAGGGAGAGGCGGCUCUGAUGGGCCUUGGCUGGACUUCAGCCAGGUGGGCCGCUCUCGGGGUGCCCCGUAGCCUGACGUCACGGCGAUUCCGUGCAGCGCUCCAGAUCCUAGCAGCCAGGAGCCAAGCGCCGGCGGUCCUGGGGAACUCUCCAGGGCUGUUUUUUAAGCUGCCCCUUACGACCCGCCCCUUCCCCACAUCCCCCUGCCUGGCCAGGGUGGCCUAGAGCUAAGCACCCCUCUGGGGCUGGGCCGAGGACUGACUGAGCAGAACCUUCUGGAGCUCUUGGAAGCUCUCAUCCAUCCCUGUCUGCCACUGCUUUCUGUGCUCAAUUCCUUGUAUAUUGGUUUCAGCCCCUGGCCCCUCUCCUCCAUUUCUGGGGAGGCUUCUGGACCUGUCUGCCAGGCCUCCCAGGAGCAGCCAAGGCUGGGCCCCCUGGUUCCUGGGAGGGCCUGGGGGUCAGGUCUGCCUCUGCGGGAGGGCUGGACUGUGAAAUGAGUUCACAUUCACAUUUAUUGACUUACUUGGCACCAAUCAUGUAUUUCACCAUUUGCACUUUUUGUAUUUCAAUAAAGAUGGAGAUUGAAAAA